AUGAUUACAAAAAGCAAGCAAGCGUCUGAACAUGCCAUGAACCUCCGCGAAACAUUCACAACCCUCCGGAGACACCAAAUGCGACUUAAUCCAGACAAAUGUGUGUUUGGGGUCACUGGAGGAAAGUGUCUCGGCUUUCUGGUAGAUGAGCGAGGCAUUGAAGCAAAUCCUGACAAGAUUCGGGCCAUUCAAGAUAUGAAGUCCCCCACAUCCGUGAAAGAAGUCCAAAAGCUAACGGGAUGUGUGGCCGCCUUAGGGAGAUUUCUAUCCAAUUUCGCGGACAAAUGUUCACCCUUCUUCAAAACAAUCAAACAAAACAAGUUCGAAUGGACAAGAGAAGCUGAAGAAUCCUUCCGAGUACUAGUCGCGGAAAGAGAAAUGAAGCAACUCCCAAUAUACUAUGUGAGCCAUGCAUUCCGAGGCUCAGAGGGAAACUAUAGCGAAGUGGAGAAGGUCUUAUUUGCAAUCGUAAUGGCGAGCAGGAAAUUAAAACCGUACUUCCAAUCCCACCAGAUCAUUGUCCGGACCAGCCAACCUUUAAAAAAGAUUCUGGAAGGGAAAAACAAAUCGAGCCGCAUCACUGAUUGGGCCAAUCAACUUGUAGAUUUCGGCAUUGAAUAUGAGCCACGGAAAACAAUCAAAGCCCAAGCCCUUGCUGACUUCAUUGCCGAGAGCACUAUCCCUCAUCAUCCUGAACCCAAUCAAGAAUGGAGGUUGUAUGUAGAUGGGUCCUCAACCCAAUCAGCAAGUGGAGCCGGGCUUCUGAUUGUAUCUUCCGCCGGGGUCCGUAUGGAAAGAGCGGUCAGAUUCGAGUUCGCGACCUCCAACAAUGAGGUAGAAUACGAAGCAUUACUCAUGGGGCUCAAAAUCUGCUAUGAGGCAGGGGCUAAAGUAUUAUCCACUUUCUCCGACUCCCAACCAAUAGUCGGACAAGUGAACGGGGAAUUCGAAGCCAAGGAUGAUAGCAUGAAGAUGUACUUGCAACAAGUAAGAGAAUUUGUCAAGAAAUUCGACAAAUUCACAUUGAUCCACAUCCCAAGAUCUCAAAAUGCACAAGCCGAUUCCCUGGAAAAACUUGCCAGCUUAGCCGAAACAUCCACGGCUCGCGAUAUUAUCUGGGAAGUACUUCCUAAUCCCAGUAUCAACCUCAUGGUUAACACCAUUGAUAGAUCGGAAACGUGGAUGGAGCCAUACAUCAAAUAUUUACAAAAUCAAGAGCUCCCCCAAGACGAGAAUCACGCUAAAGCGCUUCAAAAGAAGGCCAGAUGGUUCGAGCUCCACAAAGACACACUCUAUAAAAAAUCAUAUACCCAUCCCCUUUUAAAGUGUGUUUCUCCUGAAGAAGGAAACUACAUCCUUCGCGAAAUAGACCAAGGCGAAUGCGGAAUACAUCAGGGAGUACGAACUAUCAUUGGCAAAGUCCUCAGAAGCGGAUGUUAUUGGCCCUCGGUAAGAAGUGACGCGGAAGCACUGAUCAAAGAUGCCUCGAAUGUCAGUACCAUUCAAAGAUAG